UUUGACCUUUCAGCAUAGACGUUGACUUGAAUUAUGGAAUGUGUGGUUUCUGCAACUGAUGCUGCUGAUUCUUCUUCUUCUUCGUCCAAAUCAAAAACCCAUUGGAGAUACGAUGUGUUUCUGAAUUUCAGAGGAGGAGACACUCGCAGCACCUUCGUAUCUCAUCUCCACAGUGCGCUUUCGAACGCGGGAGUCCACACUUUCAUCGAUGUGGGACUUCACAAGGGACAGAACCUGGGGCCAGAGCUGCUGCGAGCAAUUGAAGGGUCUCAGAUAGCAAUAGUUGUUUUCUCAAGAAACUACGCGGAAUCAAGUUGGUGCCUUGAGGAGUUGGCAAAAAUUGCAGAAUGUCACAGAACUCAUGGGCAAGUGGUUGUGCCAAUAUUUUAC